UUGACUUAGAGCGCGCGUGAGAGGUAGGCGAGGCUUCGCCUGCUCUUGUCUGCACAGAUCACUCUUCGUCGGUAAAAGAGCACGGAACUGGCACCAUGAGCGCUACUCGGUACGGCACGGGCUACAACAACUGGGUGAACGGCCUGCGCGCCACCUACUCCAGGGAGCUCAACCGCCGCAUCGCUGAGGAGAAGGAGGCUGAGCAACCGGAGGUGACGGAAAUCAACCGAGUGGACCGCAUUCACUUCUACAUCAAGGACAACGCCACGCAGCACAACACCAUCAAGUUCGAUCAGGUACACGAUGUCAACUCCCCCAAGCCCGUCCUCAGAAGGGGCCAGACAUUCUACCUCGCCAUCCGCUUCAAAGAGCGUAAUAUCGACUUCGAGCAGGACCGAGUCAUUCUUAAUUUUGUCUUCGGACCCAGGCCUUCCGUCACCAAGGGCACGAUGGCCGUCAUCGCCGUGGAGAACAGGAGCUUCACUAAGAGCAAGAACGACUGGGACGUUCGCAUCGACCCUGGCACGCGGGGCAAGGACCUUGUGCUCCAGGUGUACGUGCCGGCGUCCGUGCCCGUUGGUAUUUGGAGGCUCAACGUACGCACGGGCCUGCACGACCGCUCCCUCAACAAGAACACCGUCCUGCACUCCCAGGAUACCGACAUAUUCAUCCUCUUCAACCCCUGGUGCAAGGACGACUCGGUGUACUUGGAGGACGACGCGCAGAGGCACGAGUACGUGAUCAACGACCGAGGCAAGGUGUACGUGGGGCAGUACCGACAAGCUCGCGGCCGCCCUUGGGCUUUUGGACAGUUUGAUGACGCCGUCCUGCCCGUCGCCGUCUACCUCCUCGAGAUGCCCGCCGCCAACCUGGCCCACUCUGAGAGAGGCAACCCCGUGCAGGUGGUGCGCGCCAUUUCUGCUGGGGUGAACGACUCGAACGAUGACGGCAUCCUGCAAGGGAACUGGAGCACGGACUACACAGGAGGCACGCCGCCCUUCAAGUGGACGGGGUCCGUGCGCAUCCUGGAGGAGUACAUCAAGCAGGGCUACCGCCCCGUCAAGUACGGCCAGUGCUGGGUCUUCUCGGCCGUAGCAACCACGAUUUGCCGCGCCCUGGGCAUCCCGUGUCGCUCCGUAACAAAUUUCGUGUCGGCUCACGACACAAAUUCGUCGUUGACGGUCGACAAAUUCUUUACGAAGUCCGGCGACGAGAUCGAAGGCGGCCCCGACGGCGACAGCUUCGACUCCAUCUGGAACUUCCACGUGUGGAACGAAGUGUGGAUGACGCGUCCCGACCUGCCCAAGGGGUACGGCGGCUGGCAGGCCAUCGACGCCACGCCCCAGGAGGAGAGCAACAACAAGAUGCAGUGCGGCCCAGCGUCCCUGGAGGCCAUCAGACGAGGCGACGUUGGACUGAACUAUGACUGCCCCUUCGUCUUUGCUGAGGUCAACGCCGACAUGAUGCACUGGGGCGAGGACGAGAGUUCCGACUGGGGCUUCUCCAGACUCAAGCUCAAUCAGUUCCACAUCGGCAGGAUGGUGCUGACAAAGAAGGUUGGCUACGACGGUGACGAUGAAAACGAUGAAAAUGACCGGGAGGACGUGUGUGCUCUGUACAAAGAUCCUGAAGGCUCGGCGGCUGAGCGCCUGGCGAUCCACAACGCCGUGCGCGGGACGCAGCGCGCGCAGCGCUACUACGCCAUGCGCGACAACGUGAGCGAGGACUGCGUCUUCGUGCUAGAGGAGCUCGAGAGCAUCAAAGUGGGCGAGGACUUUAAAGUCAAGAUCACAGUACGUAAUGAGUCCGAUGAGCCGCGCACUGUUCUGGCGGCGCUGACAGCUCGCUCCAUCUACUACACCGGCGUCAACCACACCAUCAUUAAGAAGGCUGAGGGACAGAUCAAGCUCGGGCCAAAGCAGGAGCAGGAACUGGCGCUGACCAUCACCUACAAGGAGUACUGGCGCAAGCUUAUCGAGCAUUGCCUCAUCAAGAUGUACGCGAUCUGCCGGGUGACCGAGACCGACCAGACCUGGACGGAGGAGGACGACUUCCAGGUCCUCAAGCCGUCGCUCGACAUCCAAGUUCCGGACGUGGUGAAGCGAGGUCAGCCCUGUGACGUGGUCUUCUCGUUCACCAACCCCUUGGAUCAGGAGCUCACUAAAUGCUCUCUCAGUGUUGACGGCUCGGGACUCCUCAGGCCAAGAGCCCUCGAACUCAACAAGUAAAGUCCUAUGCCACACGAGUACUGUUACCUUAGCCCUGUUAGCGGCAGAUCAUCUGCCUUACGAGUACUUUUACCUGAGCACCGUUUGCGGUAGAUCCUCUGCCCUACGAGUCCUAUUACCAGAGCCCCGUAAACUGAAGAUACUCUGCCAUACAAGUACUGUUACCAGAGCCCCGUAAGCGG